AUGGAAGACCCAAAAAUCCAGGAAGCUAGAGAAACUAUGGAUAUUCUUCACGAAAUUUCUACCAUUCUUAACACGGGAUUGGAUCGCGACACACUUUCUUUAUGUUUAAAUUUGUGCGAAAAUGGUGUAAAUCCUGAAGCGUUAGCUGCGGUGAUAAAAGAACUUCGUAGAGAAAGUGCAGCAAUAAAAGUAUAUAUAAUGCAUUAA